AUGGAAGAAAAAAUCUCAAUAACAAAAUAUUUACCAUUUAUUUUUCAUUUACUGCCAUUGCUACAAAUUGGAAUUUCAAAAGCAUUUAGAGUUGAAUCAAAAUUUCAAGAAGGUAUUAGAGAUUUUAUCAUCAUACACUCUUUGUUUAUUUUAUACAAGAUCUCAUUAUUCAAGUCUUUUUUCACAGAUGCAGGAAGAGUUCCUGUAACUGAAGAAUGGAGAAAUACUCCGGAUCCAAAAUUAAUAUUUGAGAGAAAAGAUGAUGGGAGAUUAAGAUUCUGCAAGUACGAGCUAGUAUAUAAACCAGACAGAGCUCAUUAUUGUCGUCAGCUAAAUAGAAAUGUACUAAGAAUGGAUCACUAUUGUCCAUGGUUUGGAAAUUGUAUUGGAUAUUUUAAUUAUAAAUUCUUCUUCCUUGCACUUCUUUAUGGGUGUGCUUCACUCAUUUACAUGAUGCUCAGCCAAAUUAACACAUUGAGCAAUAUUUGGAAUGAUACAAAUGUAACCUUUGGUCAUUUAUAUCUUAUUUCAUUGGGAAUCUGCUUCAGUGCUGUACUAAUUAUUAUAGUAGUUCCAUUCUUCUUAUUUCAUGCAUAUAUUACUUCUAGAAACGAAACUACUAUCGAAUUUUGCGAAAAGAGAAGUAAAGAAAAGGUAAGUAUAAAACUAAGUUCUAUCAAAAUCCAACCCUUACCAACAUUUUAUUCUACUUAUUUUCAGGGGUUUACAUAUGAUCAAGGAAUAUAUAAAAAUAUCCAGAGUGUAUUUGGUGAAAACCCACUAUUAUGGCUUGUCCCAGUCGGUCUACCACCUUCUGAUGGGCUUUUCUUCCCAGUUAAAAAAAUUGAUAAAGAAGUCUAA